GCGCGGCCCCUGACGCGGGCCCGGGCGCCGCGCCGCUGCGGCUGCGGGCGGCGACGGCUGCACCAUGGGCCGGCUACUGCGGGCCGCCAGGCUGCCGCCGCUGCUGCUGCUGCUGCUGGCUGGGGGAGCGUUCCUGGGUGCCUGUGCGGCUGGGUCUGAUGAGCCUGGCCCAGAGGGCCUCACCUCCACCUCCCUGCUAGACCUCCUGCUGCCCACUGGCUUGGAGCCACUGGACUCAGAGGAGCCUAGUGAGACUAUGGGCCUGGGAGCUGGGCUGGGAGCCCCUGGCUCAGGCUUCCCCAGCGAAGAGAGUGAAGAGUCUCGGAUUCUGCAGCCACCACAAUACUUCUGGGAAGAGGAGGAAGAGCUGAAUGACUCAAGUCUGGACCUGGGACCCACUGCAGAUUAUGUUUUUCCUGACUUAACUGAGAAGGCAGGUUCCAUUGAAGACACCAGCCAGGCUCAAGAACUGCCAAACCUCCCCUCUCCCUUGCCCAAGAUGAAUCUGGUUGAGCCUCCCUGGCAUAUGCCUCCCGGAGAGGAGGAAGAAGAGGAAGAAGAGGAAGAGGAAGAGGAGGAGAGGGAGAAGGAAGAGGUAGAGAAACAAGAAGAGGAGGAAGAGGAGGAGCUGCUCCCUGUGAAUGGAUCCCAAGAAGAAGCCAAGCCUCAGGUCCCUGGCUUUUCUCUCACCAGCAGCAGCCAGACCCCAGGGGCCACCAAAAGCAAGCAUGAAGACUCUGGGGACCAGGCCUCAUCAGGUGUGGAGGUAGAGAGCAGCAUGGGGCCCAGCUUGCUGCUGUCUUCAGUCACCCCAACUACAGUGACUCUGGGGGACCAGGACUCCACCAGCCAGGAGGCGGAGGCCACAGUGCUGCCAGCUGCAGGGCUUGGGGUAGAGUUCGAGGCUCCUCAGGAAGCAAGUGAGGAAGUCACUGUGGGAGCAGCUGGUUUGUCUGGCCAGCAGGAGGAGGUACCGGCCUUGCCUUCAUUCCUUCAAACCACAGCUCCCGGUGGGGCCGAGCACCCAGAUGAAGAUCCCCUUGGCUCUAGAACCUCAGCCUCUUUCCCACUGGCCCCUGGAGACGUGCAACUGACACCUUCCUCUGCUACCUUGGGGCAAGAAGAUCUCAACCAGCAGCUCCUAGAAGGGCAGGCAGCUGAAGCUCAAUCCAGAAUACCCUGGGAUUCUACGCAGGUGAUCUGCAAGGACUGGAGCAAUCUGGCUGGGAAAAACUACAUCAUUCUGAACAUGACAGAGAACAUAGACUGUGAGGUGUUCCGGCAGCACCGGGGGCCCCAGCUCCUGGCCCUGGUGGAAGAGGUGCUGCCCCGCCAUGGCAGCGGCCACCACGGGGCCUGGCACAUCUCUCUGAGCAAGCCCAGCGAGAAGGAGCAGCACCUUCUCAUGACACUGGUGGGCGAGCAGGGGGUGGUGCCCACUCAAGAUGUCCUUUCCAUGCUGGGUGACAUCCGCAGGAGCCUGGAAGAGAUUGGCAUCCAGAACUAUUCCACAACCAGCAGCUGCCAGGCGCGGGCCAGCCAAGUGCGCAGCGACUACGGCACGCUCUUCGUGGUGCUGGUGGUCAUUGGGGCCAUCUGCAUCAUCAUCAUUGCGCUUGGCCUGCUCUACAACUGCUGGCAGCGCCGGCUGCCCAAGCUCAAGCACGUGUCGCACGGCGAGGAGCUGCGCUUCGUGGAGAACGGCUGCCACGACAACCCCACGCUGGACGUGGCCAGCGACAGCCAGUCGGAGAUGCAGGAGAAGCACCCCAGCCUGAACGGCGGCGGGGCCCUCAACGGCCCGGGAAGCUGGGGGGCGCUCAUGGGGGGCAAGCGGGACCCCGAGGACUCGGACGUGUUCGAGGAGGACACGCACCUGUGAGCGCAGCCGAGGCGCAGGCCGACUGGGCCGCCAGGACGAAGCGAGGUGGACCCCGAAACGGACGGCCCGGAGCCCGCACCAGCCCCGCGCCUACCCGGGCCGCUCCCGCAGCCGGGCCCUCGGCGCGGGCUCCUCCCCGCUUCCCCCGACUUCACACGGUGGCCUCGGACCAACUCCCUCACUCCCGCCCGAAAGGCCAGCCUCAGCGCCCGCCUUGGCCCCGCUUUCCUGCCCCUGAACCCCGGCCCCGCGGGCGGCGGGGGACGGGCGGCGCUCCCUGCGCCCCAGGACUCCAUUAAAUCUGCCCGGAGACCACGCCGGUCCCAGC